CUCUUCUUCUUCUUCUUCUUCUCCUUCUCCGUCCAUCUCUCUCUCUCUGCUCGCCAUUGCCGAGCUCUCCUCCCCAGGGGCUCUCUCGUAAAUAACUCGAACUCCAUGGGCCUUCUCGACAAGCUCUGGGACGACACCGUCGCCGGCCCACGCCCCGACACCGGCCUGAGCCGCCUCCGCAAGCCGUCCUCCUCCGUCACCCCACGCCCUAACGCCGUUAAAGAUGCUUCGGCAGCGGCGGAGGCGGCGCCGAGGGUGACGCGGAGCAUCAUGAUCAAGCGGCCGGCGGGUUGCCCAUCGCCGACGGGUUGCCCGUCGCCGACGGGGAGCGGGACGCCGCCGCCGUCUCCGGCGGGGUCGACCCCGCCGCUAUCGCCGUACGCAGGAGGUGGCCGGUUUAGGAGGAAAUCUUUAUCAGAUGCAUAUGAGAGAGGAGGAUUUGGGCCUAAGAGCGCUACUCCUCCUUUUGAAGUUUGAUCUCUCUACUAAACAUUAUUGAGAGAACGAAAGAUCGAAGAGAGCGAGCAAGAAAAGAGAGGGACGAAGUAGCAUAGUUUUCGAUCUUUUUGCUUAUCAUGUAGAAGUAAAUGUUUAAACCUAGAUGUAUGUUAGUGGGGAGUAUUGUAGGUGUUGGACUGGGCCUUUAAUAACUUGUGGUUGUGUUAUGUAGUGUUUGCUCUUGUUAGGUGUGUGUAUAUAUAUAUGUUGUAAUAUGUUCUUUGUGUAUAUUCAAGUGGAUGGAAUUGGUGGGUGAUCUUUGUAACUUUGGUGUUAUUUGUAUCUUAUCAUGAUGUUUGUUAGCAGUGUUUUAGAUCAUUAUAUAAGUUCAAUUAAUC